AUGCAACACUUUGGCUAAUUAGAAGAUUCAGAGAAAAAUAAAAGGGUUCUUAAGGGUGUAGACACUAAAAAUCUUGGAUGUACUCAUUAUAAGACUGGGUGUUAAAUUCAAUGCGAUAAAUGUUUCGAAUUCUUUACUUGCAGAUUCUGUCAUAAUGAGGCAAAAUUUGAUUUGGAGAGGGAUAGACUUAAGCAGCACGAGAUUGAUAGAUUUAAUGUGAAAAAGGUUAAAUGCAUAAGUUGCUCUAAUGUUUAAGAGCCGAGUACGUUUUGUAAUAGCUGUGGGUUGAAAUUCGGAUAAUAUUGCUGCUUAACUUGCAAUUUAUUUGACAAUGAUGUAUCUAAGCUUUAAUUCCAUUGCUAAGACUGCGGUGUGUGCAGACAAGGAGGCAGAGAGAACUUCUUUCACUGCAAAUAGUGCGGCUGCUGCAUAUCUAAUGCAGUGUGGAGUAGUCAUAAAUGCAUUGAAAAUGCUAUUGAGCAGAAAUGCCCAAUUUGCUAGUAGGACUAAUUUUACUCUGUUGAGCAGUCACUGUAUUUGCAGUGUGGGCACACUCUUCAUAAAAACUGCUUCAAAGAGCUAUCAAAGCAUAAGUACUAAUGCCCAUUGUGCUUUAAGAGUUUCUGUGAUAUGUGGGUUUAUGAUAGACAGCUCGAUGAAGAAAUUGAGAAUACUCCCAUGCCAAUCGAAUACAGGAAUAGAACUGUCAAGAUCCUGUGUAACGACUGCAAUGAAAGAGGCGAGGUACCUUAUCAUGUAUUAGGUGCUAAGUGCAAGAUAUGUCAUAGUUAUAAUACAAGAAACCUAUGA